ACACCCCCCCGGACCUCAGCGCACGGCUGUCUACUUGUGAUUGUACUUUUCAGUUUUGCUAGAUGGAUGUCUACAAACUGUACAUAUUACAUGGAGAGGACAGCUGGAUAAUUUACAAAUCAUGGCGACCAUCGUUGUUUAUUCCAUGAACAGAACGGCGCAAACCACUGCGAGACUAUGUUUUUUUUCUCCGUAUUCAACGCGAGCUUCCAUAGUGGACUCGCGCAUAUCUUUCUUCCAUAACACUUCGGUCCGCAGGUUAACUCCGCUUCCGGGAGCGAGAUGGGUUCCCAACGCUACUGGAGUGCGGAUAAUGUCCAACGGUACUGCAAAUCGGCAACCGGGCGAACCAGGAGAGGCGCACUGCUGGUUGCUGGAGUAGCGGCGGCAGUGGUGGGUUUUGUGGCCAGCGCUAGUCACUUUCAGCGGGCUGAAAUGGCAACCAUGAUCCCCAAAACCGAGGAGACGGAGAUAUCGGAGAAAUGCAAGAAGUUCAUGUCUCCGCCGUGUACCGACGUCAAAGUGCUGCAGCAGAAGAAAGAGGGAAUGUGCACGAGGAUGGAGAUGCUGAUCAUGGAGACUCAGGCGGAGUUCUGCAGAGCGCUCGAGGAGGUGGACGGCGGCAAGUUCAAAGUGGACAAGUGGGAACGGAAAGAAGGUGGCGUGGGCAUCAGCUGUGUGGUGCAGGAUGGGAAGGUGUUUGAGAAGGCGGGGGUCAACUUGCCCGUGGUGUUUGGGAACCUGACCGAGGAGGCCGCCGAGCAGAUGCGCAGCAGAGGGAAGGUUCUCAAAGGGAAAGAUGGCAUCCUGCCAUUCUGUGCCAUGGGCGUGAGCUCAGUCAUCCACCCCAAGAACCCCCACAUUCCCACAGUGCACUUCAACUACAGAUACUUUGAGAUAGAAGAAGAAGAUGUCCCAGGCACUAAACAGUGGCGGUACAGACCUGACUCCUACCUAUGUCAAUAAGGAGGAUGGUGCUCACUUUCACAACAGUCUGAAGGACGCCUGUGAAAAACAUCACCCCAAGUACUACCCCGACUUCAAAAAGUGGUACGACCCAUAUCGGUGACUUCAUACAACAUGUGGUAAUGACUGGGUGGAUCUCUGCUGUUCAACGGGGAUAAGGUGUUUCUCGUCAUGAUCUUCAGCUGCUGAAUGGCCAUUUGUUCAGAGCUAGCGAAUGACAUUGUGUCAAUGAACGGGAGGCUUAGUUUAAUUCGAAGCAUUCCUGCUACCUGCCGGUGUGACCGGUACUUCUACAUCCGCCAUCGUGGCGAGACGCGGGGCAUCGGUGGCAUCUUCUUUGACGACCUGGACUCUCCCAGCCAGGAGGCGGCGUUCAGCUUCGUUAGGAGCUGUGCCCAGACCGCGGUGCCCUGUUACCUGCCCAUCGUCUACAAACACCUCAAUGACCACUUCAGCCCAGAGGAGGACUGGCAGCAGGUGCGGAGAGGCAGGUGGGAGUACAUGCAUGAACCUCCUAAAGGUUCCCAGGAGGCCGAUACGCCGGAGGUGUUACGAAACCCCAAGGAGUGGGUCUGACAUGGGCGUUACCAUGGAGAUACCAACCUGACUCAGCCUUCAGAACAGGAGCCUACAUGAGCUGUUGACUGGAACAGGAGCCCGUCCCUUUGCUUUGUCAUUGGCCAACUCACCGCUGAUGCGAUUAGCUAGUUGUUACUGGAAAGUGCACCCUUGCCUUUAUUGGGGCUAAGUGCCUUGUUCAAGGGCACAGACUGAUUUUUUCCACCUAGUCGGCUUGGGGAUUUCGAACCAGUGACCUUUUCGGUAACUGGCCCAACGCUCCCUGAACCCACUACCCCUUUGCCUUCCACGCAACUGCCUGCAUUGCUUCGGUUAAUAUUUCCUGUGUCAGAUACAUGCUGUGUACCAACUGGUCUAGAUUGGCUUGCUCUGCUAGUAUAGGUUUCUCUCUAGCUACAGUCUGAGAGCCCUCUGGUCUCCAAGGCAACCCAGGGUUGUGUUCACCAGGCAAGGCACUUUGAAAGAGAAUUCAUGUUUCAAACCGACCCAGGACACAAAGGGAAAGUGGACUGAACCACUCAGGGUGUGUGAUAAGCCAUUGAUGUAAAAUAUAAUUAAAGAUGUUAUAUCCUA